AUGGCAAACCAGACUCCCGUCCGAAUUACCGUUUUGAUAUCAGGCAAUGGAACCAAUCUCCAAGCCUUGAUCGACGCCAGAGACGAUGCUCUUAAAAACUGUAGCAUUGUGCGAGUUAUAUCGAACCGUAUGAAGGCUUAUGGUCUUCAUCGAGCGAAGGAAGCUUCAAUACCUACGCAUUACCAUAAUUUGAUACCGUACAGGGAAAAAUUCGCAGAAAACGCAAGAACCGAAUAUGACAAGGAUCUGGCUGCCAUUGUCCUGGCCGACAAGCCAGACUUGGUAGUCUGUGCUGGGUGGAUGUCUAUCUUAGCGGACACGUUUCUCGACCCACUUGCUGAGGCCCACGUUCCCAUCAUCAAUUUGCAUCCUGCGUUGCCGGGACAAUUCAAUGGCGCUAAAGCCAUCGAGCGAGCCCAUAAGGCAUGGCUGGAGGGAAAGAUUGAGAAGACUGGGAUCAUGAUUCAUUACGUGGAGUCGGAAGUAGACAUGGGCAAGCCGAUACUUGUAGAAGAGAUACCAUUCAACAGGGGUGUCGACGAAAAUAUCGAGAAACUGGAGCAAAGAAUCCAUGAGAAGGAGCAUAAGCUCAUUGUCUUGGGAACCCGUAUGGUAGCUGAGGAGAUACAGAAACGCAACUCCAAUGGCGUAUCAUGA